AUGGCCCUGCUGAUGGAGCAUCAGUUCAGACAGCUGCCAGCUGACAGACAAGUGGAAACGAGGCCAUUUCUGGAGGCAGUGUCCUAUCUUCCACAUUUCUUUGACUGCCUUGGACCCACUGUUUUUGCACCAAUAAAAGCAGACUUUUCAGGAAAUCUCACAAAAAUCAAGACUGUCUAUGACACCAGUCCAUCACGUUUCAAGACACUGCAGCAACUUUUGGAGGCUGAAAAGGAAAUGCAUGGUUCAGAAUGGCCCAAAGUUGGAGCAACAUUUGCACUCAUGUGGCUUAAAAGGAGUCUACGGUUUAUCCAGGUAUUUCUCCAGAGUCUUGUAAAUGGUGAGAAAGAUGACCUAAAUCCAAACCUCAUUCGGGUUAAUGCAAACAAAGCCUAUGAAAUAGCACUCAGGAGGUAUCAUGGUUGGUUUGUGCAACAACUUUUCAAGGCUGCUGUGUUUGCUGCACCUUAUAAAUCUGACUUUCUAAGGGCUCUGUCGAAAGGCCGAGAUGUCAAAGAAGAGGACUGCUUAGAGAAAAUCCGUAAAUUUCUAAUAAACUUCUCUGCGACUGUGGAUGCAAUAUAUGAGAUGUACGCUAAGAUGAAUGCUGAUGUAGAUUCCACAGCAUGA